AUGGCCAAUCCCGGCAAUGUGGCCGGCGGCCUGAAAGCUACCUUGACCAAUCCGCAUGUCUCGGACGAUGCUAAGGAAGGCGCCCAGCAUCGAUUGGAUACCGAAGGAUUGAAGGCGGCAGCUGCUCCGACUCAAGAAACCGUUCACGUCAAGGACCCGGAAAAUGUCAAGCGAGGCAUCAAGGCUGCACUCCACAACCCUAGGGUCUCGGAGGGAAAGAAGGAGGAGUUACGCCACAAGCUCGAUGAACAAUUUUAA